AUGGCCGAGGAGAUGGUCUACCUCCACGGCGAUCUUGACCUGAAGAUCAUCGAGGCCCGCAGCCUGCCCAACAUGGACAUCCUCACGGAGCGCCUCCGCCGCCUGUUCGCCACCUGCCACCAGCCCUGCGCCCCGACAAAGCGCCGCAAGCACCACAACAACAUCAUCACCAGCGACCCCUACGUCACCGUCUGCCUCUCCGGCGCCCGUGUCGCCCGCACCCGCGUCAUAUCCAAUUCCCAGAACCCCGUUUGGAACGAGCAUUUCAAAAUCCCCUUAGCUCACCCUGUUACACAGGUGGAGUUGGAGGUGAAGGAUAAUGACAUGUUUGGAGCCGACCUAAUCGGCGUGGCGGCAAUGCCAGCGAAGAAGAUCGCAUCCGGUGAGCUGAUCGACGAGUGGGUGACGGUGGUGGGCCCGUGCGGGAAGCCUCACAAGCCCGACACGGCCAUCCACCUCCAGAUGACCUUCACCCCGUGCGGAGCCAAUCCCAAGUACCGCAAGGGGUUCUCGGAGGAUUACUCCCUGAGAGAGAGCUAUUUCCCGCUGCGGCGCGGAUGCAGGGUUACUCUGUACCAAGACGCGCAUGUGCCGGAUGGGAUGCUGCCGGAGAUCGAGCUGGACGGUAAAGGGAAGAGGUUCGAGCACGACAAGUGCUGGGAGGAGAUAUGCCAUGCGAUCUUGGAAGCUCACCACCUUGUGUACAUCACGGGUUGGUCUAUAUACCACAAAGUGAGGCUUGUGAGGGAGCCGACCAGGCCCUUGCCGAGAGGGGAGAAUAUGAACUUAGGGGAGCUUUUGAAGUACAAAUCCGAGGAAGGGGUGAGGGUGUUGCUGCUCGUGUGGGACGAUAAGACCUCCCACAAUAAGUUCUUCAUUAACACGGAAGGAGUCAUGGGGACUCAUGAUGAGGAAACGAAGAAAUUUUUCAAGAACUCGUCCGUUACAUGCGUGUUGUCCCCGCGUUACGCAAGCACCAAACUCAGCAUUUUCAAGCAACAGGUAGUGGGAACCCUGUAUACCCACCACCAGAAGUGUGUGAUUGUGGACACACAAGGACAGGGAAACAACCGUAAAAUCACGUCAUUCAUCGGUGGUCUCGACCUUUGCGACGGGCGCUACGACACGCCCGACCACCGGUUGUUCCAAGACCUCCACACCGUCUUCAAGGACGACUAUCACAACCCCACCUUCUCUCUAGGAACAAACGGGCCAAGGCAGCCAUGGCAUGACCUGCACUGCAAGAUAGAAGGGCCUGCCGCGUACGAUGUGCUCACCAACUUCGAGCAGAGGUGGCGUAAGGCCAGCAAGUGGUCCAAGUUUGGGAAGCGGUUCAAGAAGAUCUCGCAUUGGAAGGACGAUGCUUUGCUUAAGGUCGACCGUAUCUCCUGGAUAACCACCCCUUCAAACAACCUACCCAACGAUCAUCCCUCGUUGUGGGAUUCCGUGAAGGAUGAUCCCGAGGGCUGGCACGUGCAGGUGUUUCGAUCGAUAGAUUCGGGAUCGGUGAAAGGGUUUCCCAAAACCGCACAUGCAGCGGAGAAGCAAAACCUAAUGUGUGCGAAGAAUUUGGUCGUUGAUAGGAGCAUUCAGAUGGCAUACAUUGAAGCAAUUCGAUCCGCGCAGCACUUCAUAUACAUCGAGAAUCAGUACUUCCUCGGCUCGUCUUAUGCUUGGCCCUCCUAUAAAAAUGCGGGUGCGGAUAAUUUGAUCCCAAUGGAACUAGCACUGAAAAUAGCCAGUAAAAUAAGAGCGAACGAGAGAUUCACCGUUUAUGUUGUUAUUCCAAUGUGGCCAGAGGGUGCUCCUAACUCUGCCUCCGUACAAGAAAUCCUUUAUUGGCAGGGGCAGACCAUGCAAAUGAUGUAUGAAAUUAUUGCUCGAGAAAUUAAGUCUGCUCGGCUUAUGAAUGCGCAUCCGACUGACUAUCUAAACUUUUACUGCCUUGGCAACCGAGAAGAGAACGCAGGGGAGUCAAAGGGAAAUGCUCAAUCCCCUUCGAAUGGAAAUACUGAUUCAGCUUCACAAAAAGCCGGACGGUUUAUGAUUUACGUGCACGCAAAGGGAAUGAUUGUGGACGAUGAGUAUGUGAUAUUAGGUUCUGCCAACAUUAACCAACGGUCAAUGGCCGGGUCGAGAGACACAGAGAUUGCAAUGGGUGGUUAUCAGCCCCAUCACACUUGGGCCAAGAAGAAAGACCACCCACACGGCCAGGUAUAUGGAUACAGGAUGUCGCUUUGGGCCGAGCACUUGGGGACAGUCGAGAACUGCUUCAAAGACCCAAAGACUUUAGAUUGUGUGACGUACGUGAAUCGUCUCGCUCAGCAAAACUGGAACCGGUACACGGCCCCACGGUUCAUCCCAUUGCAAGGCCACAUCCUCAAAUAUCCGGUUGAGAUCGAUGCCGAUGGAAAGGUGGGUCCCUUACCAAGAUACGAGAACUUCCCAGAUGUCGGUGGUAAGGUCUUAGGGGCCCCUACCAAUUUGCCCGAUGCUCUAACAACAUAA